AUGUCUCUGAAGGACGAAGUUAAGCUGCACAAAAGGACUGCCGGCGUUGGCGAUUCGGACAUACAUUCAAUGUCUCUCUUCGUCAUUUACAUUGAUGACGGAGUCGAAAACGUGUACGCUUUUCUGAAGGUCAACUCCUGUGACAAGAAAUUAGUCAGGUCUUCUCAACCUUUAUUUCGGCUCAAGCCGGAGUGCGUACUCGCCGAUGCAAUGGAUCACAUGCUGAAAGUUGCUCAAGGUGAGAUAUCAUUGGGGCAGGCGAGGUUUAUGUGCCACGUGAUAAGGAGUGUUUCCGGCAUCAGCGAUUCUCUGAUAGCUCGCGGAACCGACUAUUUGGUGAAAAAACAAAAUUUGACGGCCUCUUUACGGAAAGACAAGAUACGAGAGGAGGCUUCUCUGCUCAUCUAUGCUGAACUACCGGGUGACCGUCGAUGA